CGAUUGUUUAGAAAUUGUGGUUUUAUGUGUAGCUCUCCAAGUUGUUGGUAGCUUUUGUAUUAGUAUUCUACUGAGAGUUGAUUCAUACGCUCGAUCGCUUGUGGUUCAAGUUGUUUGCUGCUAGAACUAGAAGAUACCUCACUCUGCAAGCACAUCUACCUAUAGCUAGGUUAUCCGUUCACUAUGUACGCUGCUUUUGAUCGCGACUCUCCGGCUGCACUGGAUGCAGAUGUCCUGUCUCUGUCGUGGAAAGGAGACGAGAAGAGAGGUUGGCUGGCAACUGGCAACUCAAAAAAGACAGUAGGAGUCACUUACACAGAACUUACUGAUGAUGAAGACACAGAGUGUGAGAACACAGACAUCUCGCUGGAAAGACAAGCCUUUAGAAAGAACUUCAAUUUUAGAGAACAUUCUCAAGAGGUUACCAUUGUCCGCUGGAACAAUCAUUUGGACAAGAUUGCCACAUGUGAUGCAUCUGGCACAGUGAUUGUGUGGAGGAAUCACAACGGACGUUCGAUAAUGGAACUUGUCAACAAUCGUGGCACUGCCAUUAGUGAUUUUCAAUGGAGCAAUGACGGGAACAAAGUUCUGAUAGCUUACAUUGAUGGCUAUGUACUAGUGGGUACUGCAUACGGACGAAGGAUCUGGGCUCGCCAGUUGAACCUCGGCUCGUUUGUGACUAACCCCUCAAACCAUUCGACACCCUCCAGACUCAUGAGCUCAACGUGGAGCCCCGAUGACUCUAGGAUAGUUGUAGGAUCCAGCAUAGGAGAACUGAUCGAACUAGACGCUGUACACGGAGGCACUCUGGUCUCAACCACAGAAGUCUUGCCUGGGAUUGGAAUCAUCGGCUUGCAAUGGGUGUUGGUGCCAAACAAGACAAGCGAAGACACCACGAACCCAACGGGUGGAAUAGAAAGUGGUCAUCUCCUGGCGUCUGGCCAAAUUCCCGCUGGAUCUGCAGCCAAUCCACCCCAGCACACCAACGAGAACAAAGACAAGUCUGGAAGUGUACGGCUCUCCCUCUACCUACGAAACGGAAAGGUUGUUUUGAUGAACUCUUGCGGCGAUCAGCAAGCUACAAUCAUUCGUACCGGUCUCAUUGAUGGCAAGAUGCUGUGGAGCAAUGAUGGUGGAAUUCUGGCAGUGGCCGGCUUCAGAAAGUCACAAGCUAUGUCUACAGUGAGGUUCUUCCAGCCCACAGGACAGCUGCUGUUCACAUUACCACUAAGAACAAAGGAGUCAGUCACAGCCAUCACUUGGGGCCAUAAUGACCAGAAACUGUUUGUGGCCACAAAGACGCUACUCCACUCGGCUACAAUCUCUCGAGGCAUCCCCUCCCUCCAGGCCCUCUGUCAGAACCUUAUAGCCAAUACACUACCCAGCAGAGAUGCGAGCUUCAACCUUGUCUUACCUACCAAGUUAAAAGUGGCUGUGGCGGAAUCAUUCGACCCAACCAUUCAAGCUCAAAUCCCUCGAGGUGCCAAGCUGCUAGAGUAUGUGAGCAGGCCUCCAGAGGGAAGCACUCGAACAUUCUGCACUGUGGUCCCCAAUAUGCCCUCUAGAGAGUCGAGUACAGCUUGUUCAAGCAACCCUGCAAACCAGCGGUCCUCAAGACAUCCAACCUCCUACACGCUCUACGUGGAGCACCUUGGCACAUUGGUCCCUGUCCUAGAAGCUCACAAACGCAGCAUUAAGCUCAGACAAAGCUUCACCAUCUCCCUCCCGAGCAGUACCAAUGGCUCCAACACUUCUCCUCAGCCCCAGACCCUCAUACUGGACACAAUUGAAGGUGAUACGAGUAUGGACACUGGCCUGAACGCUGAGACCACCACUCCCAGUCAACUCAGACUAGCCGGUCACGAUGAAGCUCACCUCUCAUUGAACACGGAAUCUGGAGUGCAGCUAGCGUGUAGAGAAGACGAUGGUGACUCACCGAGGCAUUCGCAACCCACCUCGCAACCACCACAGUGCAGUAGAGACACUUUACUUAGAACCUCUUGGGCUGAGAACAACCCACACCAACUCGCUGAAAUCACUUCCAACGUGAUGGCAUCGAAAUUCAAGAUUCAAAGCCUCUCAGACAAACUUCCUGCAGACAUGGGCAGUAUCAUUAUCAAAACAUCAUUUCUACACAUCCAGCCACGAAAGGUGAUUGCCUAUCUCCCGCAUCGGGACAUCUCAGAUUCUGGAAUAGAUUCGGAUGCAAGCUCCGACGAGAGCUCUAGUGAAGAUUUACGACCCAACGACGAGUCCAGCUGUUCUGUGGACGUGUUUAUGGAGCCUGAUAGCAACACCAUUGAGAGUUUAAUGUCUAUGGAGGAAUUGCAACUGCCGCUACUUACACCAGAAACAGAAACGUUAGAGGCUGUCAAAUCGAGUGUGGAUUUGUCGGCAAGUGUACAAGACAAGAAUAGUAGAACAGUUGCUAGCAGUGGAAUGGGCCCUUACAGCCUCACCAGUACUUCAGUAAAGGGGCAGAGAGUGUCUAUGUCCGAUUCCCAUAUCCAGAUUCACAGUAAAACACCCACAUGGAACGAGCAACACAUGAUAUAUCAGCUGGACUUUGGAGGCAGAGUAACUACUAAGUCAGCCAAGAACUUCCAACUGGAGCUGGACAGUGAUCAGGUCCUUCAAUUUGGUCGCAUUGACAAUGGCUGCUUCAUUCUCGACUUUCAAGCACCUUUCUCUCCCAUUCAAGCCUUUGCCACAGCUUUGGCCAACCUGGUAUGAGCAACGGACUCUUAUUCGAUCUAGUCCAGAUUUUAAACAUUCUGUGCUCUUAUGUCUACAUACUUAUUUCAAGCAGGUUUUUGUUGCGUUUGUAUGAUUCUUAUAUUUCUACUCAAUCUUAUUGUUUUUGUAUGAAUUAAUACUGCUCUUUUAAUUCUUGUCUGCUGCAUAUUAUUCUGAAUUUUCAUACGUCAUCACCUUGUACAAAUUGCAUCAAUACAUUUUCUGUUCUGCAUUAUA